AUGGUCGCUCUCUCCAAACUAGCCUUGGUGUCCGCAGUGGCGCUGCUGGGCUGGGCGUACCAGGCCACCCGGCCGCCGCCCCCGGCGAUCUUGGGCCCCCCAGGAGGGCCGGUGAUCACCUCCCCUCGAAUCCGGCUCAAAGACGGCCGGCACCUGGCCUACAGGGAGGAAGGAGUGCGCAGGGAGAACGCCAGGUUCAGGAUCAUCUUCAUCCAUGGCUUCUCCUCCACCAAGGAGAACGGGUUCCCCGUGUCCCAGGAGCAUGUGGAGGAGCUCGGCAUAUACAUGCUCUUCUUCGACAGAGCCGGGUACGGUGACAGCGACGCCAACCCGAAGCGCAGUCUCAAGAGCGACGCCACGGACGUCGAGGAGCUCGCCGACGCGCUGCAGCUCGGGGACAAGUUCUACGUGGUAGGGUGCUCCAUGGGCGGCUACCCAGCGUGGAGCUGCCUCAACUACAUUCCGCACAGGCUGGCCGGAGUGGCUCUGGCCGCGCCGGCGGUGAACUACUGGUGGACGCUGCCUGCCAACGUGUCGAGGACCGCGUACGGGAAGCUCCACGUCCGGGACCGUAGGACCUUCUGGAUCGCGCACCACGCGCCGUCGCUGCUCCACGCCUGGCUCGCGCAGAAGUGGUUCCGGGUGUCGCCGAUCGUCAGGGGUGAGCGCGACGCGUUCACCGCCAAGGACUGGGAGAUCCUCACCGAGCUCUGGAGGAAGAAGCGCGAGAGCGGCCAGAUCGAUCCGGCCAAAGCAACGCAGCAGGGGACCUACGAGUCACUGUGCCGCGACGCGACGAUCCUGUUCGGCACGUGGGAGUUCGAUCCCACGGAGAUCAAGAACCCGUUCCCCGACGGGGAGGGCGUCGUCAGCAUCUGGCAGGGGUACCAGGACAAGAUCGUCCAAGUGGAGAUCCAGCGGUACGUGGCGCAGAAGCUGCCGUGGGUGCGGUACCACGAGCACCCCGAGGCCGGGCACGCGCUCCCGGACAUGGACGGGAUCGGGGACAAGAUCAUCAGGGAGCUCUUGCUCGGCGAUGCUAAACUUGGCGCAAAUCGGUCAUGCAGAGUGUAUCACACUCCAAACGUUCCUCCGGUGUGCACCAGCGCUUGUGCCCGAAGCAGUGGCACUGUGUGA